AAUAUAACAAAAAUCACCAUAGAUAGAAGAUCUCACACAAAAACAGGGGCUGGGGAUUAUAACAUAUGUAAAAGAAGUCUGCUCCCGACUACAGAUAGCGCUUGAGCCCUUUCAUCAUCCUUGAUUGGACUUGUUUACGCUGGAUAGCAAGCAAAAGGAAAUCAAUGAAGAUCAGAGGUCAGCCUGCUUUAAGAUCCGUGAUGAGAGCGCCAGCGUCCUCACAAGACUGAGACGACACGCAAGCACUCGUGUGCUGUUUGCAGCCACAGUCAAGCACACGCCGUGUAAGCCAGCACGAAAUAAAGGCAGAACCGCACUCAACUAUGUCUAACUCUAACAGAGAACUGGUUGUGUACUUCAUAAAGGAUAGACUCACCCAGAAAAACUAUCCCUGCCACCACAUCGAACUAACGGAAGACACAAAUGGGACGGAAGGGGGUCAGGUGGAGGAGGGAAAUGCAGAGGCAGCAGCCGAAUCGGUGACACAGACUGCAGUCGUUAACGGCUCCGUAAACGGCACGGGUUCAGCCGGAAGCCCUCCACACUCUCCGACAGCGACCGCGCAGAGGCAGGUGAACGGCACCGGGGGACUGGAUGCUGUGAAGAUAGCGCUGCGAGACUCGGCCAACGAGUUUGAGCUGCGCUACUCGCACGCCUUUAGUGACCUAUCGUCGCAGCUGCAUAUCACACCAGCCACGGCGUACCAGAGCUUCGCCAGCGUGAUGGACGAGGUGUUCCGAGACGGCAUCAACUGGGGUCGGAUCGUAGGCUUGUUUGCUUUCGGAGGCGCCCUCUGUGUCGAGUGUGUGGAGAAAGAAAUGAGUCCGCUUGUGGCACGUAUUGCAGAGUGGAUGACCGUAUACUUGGACAGCCACAUCCAGCCCUGGAUCCAAGAACAUGGCGGAUGGGAGGCGUUUGCCAAAAUCUUUGGCGACGACGCGGCAGCGGAGAGCAGAAGGUCCCAGGAAAGCUUUAAGAAGUGGCUGCUGGCGGGGAUGACCCUGUUUACAGGGGUCGUGGUGGGCUCUCUGAUCGCCCAGAAGCGCCUGUAAGAAUUACUGAAGACAUGGCCCCACCUUUCACCCAGUAUAGACCUCGAGUAAACAUGAAGGAACAUAUAUACCCGUGUAAAGUUUUUGUUUUUUCUUUGCCAAGAAUUGUGAAGUUUACACCCCUUCCUCUAAUAUUGCACUGUGGACUGCAUGAAUGGCCCAAGCACAUCUGUUAACGUUAUUUCAGCUACGGCUUGAUUAGGGGAUUUAUUGCUACUUGGCUCAAAGCAGUGAUGUUCAUUCCGAUCACUGGACUUUUCGUUCUUCAAGUCACCUCCUAAAGAAAAGAAUUGGUCGUUGGUUGGAAGAGUUGAUCUAAUGAAUCGUUUCUCACUGUUUUGAUUUGUGUAGAAGUAAUUUAGUUCUUUACAUUUAGUCUUUUACAGAUCUGCAUUCUUAUUUUAUGUUGCAAAAAGACAUGAUACAGAUCUUUUUGGACAAAAUAGAAUUUACAAGUACAAGUAAAGCACCUCCUCACAGGUCUUAGUUGUUGGUUUUGAGUAAAAUGGACUAGAGGGACGUGUUUAAAACCCUGCACUACAGUAUCUCCGCCUGCACAUGCCUUCUCUAAAUUUGUUUGAAUUACAUUGUUCUGCAGCAUCCUUACCAGUCGGGGCGAUAAAAAAAAAUACUUCGAUUAAACACGUUUGGUCAUUUUGACAAGCAAAAGCGAUUUGUGAGUAAUGAAGAAUUCUGUAGAUUAGUUCUGGCCUGGAAGUUUGAGUGUGAAGCUAAGUUCCUGAACUUCAUUUCGAAAUGAUCGCAAGUUUCGAUAGUGCUUUCGAUAGAGAUUCUGUUCUGCUUGGAAGGCUAAUAAAUGAAGAUAAUUUGUUUGUUUAUUUUUAAUGUUUUAAUAAAUCUUUAUUUUAUUGAAAAUGUGGUAGCUUUGUCUCCAACAUUGGGAGUAAAAGCAAGAGCAGGGCUGGUCCUGUCUGUAGUAAUGGCCACCUUAUAGCCUCUUCACACAUACAACUGGGUGUCGAAUACUUCUUUUUAACUAGGACUGAUCAUGCAGCGGUGCAUUUCAGAAGGUGGGAUGCUCCAGUUUCAUUUCCAAUUUGCUUUCAAAAUCAGAUCAGAGAUUGGACUAUUGGGCUGAUGACUCUGUUUGUGCUUUUCUGAAUAAAAACUCAGCCUAGGGCUGAUAAUGGCAGUGAUGUAGGAGUUCCAUAAAGAUAAAUAUUACCACAAGAGUC